GAGGGGCGGAGCUUCCCGGCUUCCGGGACCGCGCGGGCGCGUGGGGCUGCCAGGCUGCCGGGCAGGAUGGCUCUGGGCACCGAGCCGGCACUUCUCCGAGCCCAGGCUCGGGCCCGGCAGCCGCCGGCCAGCUACGAGGAGGAGCCUUACGACUGCCUCGACUACUACUACCUGCGCGAUUUCCCGGCCCGUGGGGCUGGACGCAGCAAGGGCCGGACGCGGCGAGAGCAGCAGCUGCGCAGCAACCGGCUGCUGCCGGCCGGCCACGAGCGCAAGAUCACCCAGAAGCUCCUCAAUGGGCAGCGCAAGCGGCGCCAGCGGCAGCUGAAGCCUCGGCCGCGCACUCGCCAGGCCUGAGCGCCGGAUAGCCGAAGGACCUGUGCAGAGUAUUUUCUCCGACUCCAACUGUAGCCGAGGUCCUAAGGGGGAAAGAAUCCAUGCUGGUGGAUAGAACUCUUCAAGUUUAAGUUUACUGCUUCACUGUCUUUCUCUUACUAGUUGAUUGUUAGGUAACAGCCAAGGGCGUAUGCCUUUUUAGGAUUUUCUAAUUAAAAGGGAACAGCAAGAAUGG